AUGGCUUCUCUUCUCGAGCGCAUGAAUGUCUCCGCCCCCGCGGCCCUCACAAGCUCCAAGUCCUCCGGCUCAUCGGGUGCCAUUCGCGCAAAGAACGGUCGCGCAGACGCCGCUGCCCCCUACAAGAAGCGCGCACCGAAAGGCGACGUUAACGACACAUGGCAACACGACAUGUUCAACGCCGACCGCUCCCUGUCCGCCCGCCUCACCAACGCCCCAGCCAACGCGCCAAAACUCAACUUCGGUCUUGCCGACCGCGCCCUCAAGGACGCCCUCGGCGAGAAGGGCGGCCUGACCAUCAAGGGCGCAAGCUCUCGCGGCAAUGUCGUCCAGGUCUCUGGUCUUGCUAGGGGCACGACUGCGGCAGACGUCGAGGCCAUCUUCAAGCGGUGUGGAAUGAUCACUGCCGCGACCAUGCACUCGUCGAACCCGGACCCGGUCGUCCGUCUGACAUACAAGAACGAUAACGACGCCCAGGCGGCGAUCGCCAAAUUCCACGGCCAGCCCGCCGACGGGCGCACGCUCGAGGUCAAGGUCAUCGGCGGCGUCAACACCGCGCUCAGCGGCCGCAUCGGCGCCGCGCUCAUCGAGGGCUCCGUCGACGUCCUCAUGAGCGACGAACCCAGCCUCGGCUCGAAACUCCGCUCGGACGGGCUGCUCGCGACCGACACCCGCGCGCACGUCCUUGUCGCGCCUCCCGGCACGGACCCCAAAGACUACACCCAGACCCAGGAGCGUGGACGGGGCCGCGCCCGUGGUGGUGGCCGUGGUGGCCGGCGGCGCGGCGGACGCGGUGGGGCGAAGAUGGACGUCGACCGGUGA